AUGCCCCUCCCCCUCCCACCACGCUUAUUCCCUGGUGACGAGGAGCUGGGGAAGCGGGACGAUGACCAUAAGCCGGGAAUGGGACUGAAGAGUCCUUUGGGCAUGUUCUGGCAGCAUCGCCGACUGCCUCAUGGGCCUCAAAGGCGAAACUUGAAGCGAAUAGCCUUGGGCGUUCUGGCCUUCGUCGCCCUUUACUACUUUUUCAAGGAAAUGCCCAACGAUCUCGAGAGUCCCAGGCAAAGGCCGAAUUAUUCUCGUCCAGGCACUGUACCUGCUCCUGCAACGGACUAUACCAACCAGAAGGCGCUGCCUCCAGCAGGACAAGGUUCUGGAUCCAAGACAGCUCAAGCCCAAACUUCAGAGUCUCUCCACAGUUUCAAUGGCCCCAUAAAGUUUUAUCAGCUUGCCUCGUCACUGCAUGCUGUCUCGAAUACGAAGGGCGCUGAUUUAAUCAACCAGAAUGUCCUUUUCGCCGCUGCCAGUGUGAAGAGCGCUGCGACACUGCUGCCCAUCGCCUGUGAUAUGGCUAUGCGAGCACGAAACUUUGUACAUUUCGCAUUUAUGGGAAGGGAUGAUAUUUCUAUGGACAUACUGAAGUCUGUCAAUGGAAUUACAAAAGAAUGCAGGAUCAUUUUUCAUGAUGCUCGUCCCGAUUUCUCUGUUCAGAGCACCGACUUUCGAAUGGAAGUCAGUACUUUUGCCGGCUUCAAUCAUAUCAACACAUUUGUCCACCCGCAAGCGACUUUUAUCGAUGGGUCGGGCGAAGAAGAGCCGUUCUUCUUAAAAGGCCUCAAGAACCGAGCAGCGUCUCUCCAAAGAACAGUGAUAGAACUCCCUGGUAAUGCUGAGCAGUACCUGAUGUGGGUGACUCUACUGGACAGUGCAUCGUUGAGUGCAUGGAAUAAGGUCAGCAUAGAUGUUGUGGUUCAUGCCCAACCCUCGGCUUCUGGGUCUCUGAUGAGAUUGCUCAAUUCUCUGAAGAAGGCGGAUUUCUUCUCAUCUGCUCCACCGCGAUUAACAAUCGAAUUGCCGCAUCAGAUCGACGCUCCAACGAAAAAAUACCUGGAACAUUUCAAAUGGCCCCCUCACGCAGAUCAUAACACGGGAAGUUUACUUACAUUACAUCACCGUAUUCCCCAGCAUGGUCUUACCCCUGAUGAGAACUCGAUCCGUUUUCUCGAGGCCUUCUGGCCAGCUGAUCCCUUUACGUCUCAUGUGCUUGUCCUCUCGCCACAGGCAGAACUCUCACCACUGUUCUUCCACUACCUCAAGUACACGAUGCUUGAAUACAAAUACUCCCGAGCCCCAUCCGUACACCACAAAAAUCUGAUGGGCAUAAGCCUCGACCUACCAUCGACUUACCUAAAUGAUUCGUCAUCAUUUGUACCCCCAGUAAAUAAUACGACGAUUCCCACGCCAUUUCUGUGGCAAGCACCAAACAGCAAUGCAGCUUUGUACUUUGGCGAUAAAUGGGUUGAGCUUCAUGACUUUGUAGCUCAGCUCCUCGAAUUGCAGCACAAAACUCAAGCGACAAUAGAUGAGAAAUUGGUUAGCAAGACCUAUCCUUCUUGGCUUGAACAUGUUUUGAAGCUUGUUCGUGCCCGCGGAUACUCGACUUUGUAUCCUAAUUUCGAAGCGGAUACUUUGCUGACACUACACAACGACCUCUAUCAACUUCCGGAGGAGUAUUCUGAAGAUGACGAGGCCGAAACUCCGUCCGAUUCUGGAGAGCUUACUGCCAACCUCAAUGAUCACUUGUCGCUGAAGCAUAAAGAGACUGCGCUGAUCACAAAGUCCCUCUUAACAAUAUUACCAUAUGACGGCGAAUUACCACCAAUUACAGAAAUGCCAUUUCUCAGUUGGGAUGGACAGAGAAUUGAUGUUGGGGAAACCGGGCUGCAGGCUCUGACAUACAGCCAGGCUUUCCGACAGGAGAUUGGAGGCUGCGAUUUUUCGGCAGAGAAAGUCAGGAAUGAACUUUCGGCGGCAGACUUGUUUUGUUUGAAUGAUGAGAAGCUAGAGAUAAAAGAGGGCGAUGAUCAAGUAGAUGAACCCUAA